UCGCUUUUAGAACAAAAUGRCUCCAAUAUUGUCGGUCAAAAGGAGCUAAAAAACACUUAAAAAUAAUGGCUUCAGCUGAAAUUUUAGAGCCUUUUCCCCAAAACAAGGAGAUUUUUGAUGCGGAGAUGGAGGACCUGGAUGAAGGCGCCCAAGAUGGCGAACUUAGUUCUUUGAACGAGAAUCCCAAAAGCCCCGCAAAAGAAGAAACCCCAUUUACAAAAGAUGAUAUAUUUGAUGAUGAGAGUUCCUUAMAAAGCAGUCUCGACUCGGGAGAAAAUGAUAAAGAGGCAGUUAUUGGUGAUUCUGAGCUCUCGAGGUCUGUGGUCGAGGAAAGCAUUUUAAAUACUUCAUCAACAAAGUCUGUAGCAGAACCUUCCUUGAAUAACGACGAUAUCUUUGAUGACGAGAAGUCUCUACAGAACAGCUGUAGCUCUGAUAACGAUGAUGAAAAUGAGAGUGAUAAACGAACUUCAAGUCAAAGACAAAGAUCUCCUAAACCAAGACGACUCAAGAAAGCCGCUAUUCAAUCAAUACACAGUGAAUGUCAAAAAAUGCUGAGAGAAUCAGUCAUAAAGCUUCCAUAUCACCAACCUGCUGCCAAGUCCAUUACYGAUUUCUUGAAGAGAGUACCAAUAGUCAAACCAAAAGACGACAAACAGUCUCAACAUAAAGAUAUUAAGAACUCAUCUACUGCUCCAGACUCUGAUAUAAUAUCAAACUCACAGUUGUCUAGUGCCACAAGUGAUGGUAAAGCAGCAACACCAAAGCUUUCGACUGCUAAUGAUCCAUUUUUCCUGGAUGAAACACCCACAGAAAAACGACCUGUGAAAGGAGUACAAAGCUUGAUGCAAAGGUUUGCCAAACACACAACCAAACCACAAGCAAAAUCAAAGGUUGCCUCAAAGACAAAGGAAGCUGUUGUAAAUGAUGAUGAAAAACAAAGCACUGAUAAACCACCUUCAAUAAUUGUGAAAGAAAAGAUUGAAAAGGCUAUGCCAGGAGAAAGACUAAAGAUCUUGAAACAGCAGCUUGAAAGCAAGAUGAAAGUACAGAGGGCUGAGCUACGGAAAAUUCAUGAAUCACAGAGGCGGCUAGAUAAUGAGGAGAUAAGUGGAGAAGAAGAAGAAGAAGAGGAAGAAAUGACUGAUGAGGAAUCAGAUUCUGAUUAUGAAAUUGAUAAAUGGAAUGAAGAAGAUGAAAAGAAACAGGAAGAAGAUGAAGAUGAUGAUUCAGUGGAAAAAAAGAAUGACUUGAUAGAUGAUGAAGCUGAUGAAGAUGAUGAUUCCAAUGGUGGCUUUGAUGACAUGAACUCUGGUUCAGAUGGUGACGUUAGUGAUGAAGGAAACAGUGAUGAUGAUGAUGAUAAAAACUCUKUGUUUAGUGAUGAUGAAAAAAUGAAACUAAAAAAACAUCACAAGGUCAAGAAGCAGAAAAAAUCAAAACAACAGAUCCAUGACGAAAGAACUCUAGACUUAUUUAAUGUUAAUAGCAAUAGUCAAACAGAUAGUGAAACUUGCAAUACUGCUGGUAAAGAUGCCGAGAGUACUAAUGACGAAAAUACAGGACCAGAGCUUUGCCUCCGAUUGGACAGCAUAGAAGAGRAUGAAGAAGUCUCCCAAAAUUUUACCAAGACUAAAGAAUUUAAAUCAUCAACUACAGCAAUGCUGCCAUCAACUUUGGAAGAACCUAGCCAAUCAAGUCUUGGCUUUCAAAUUGCAUUUGAUCCUGAAGGGACCAAUGAGAGUAGCAGGAUACAGCCUGCGCAAGGGGGCGGGAGUAAUAGACCUGCUUCUAGUGACUCUGAAAAUAAUGAACUCGCAUCCAUUUUUCCAAAAAUAUCAAAACAUAUCAACAGGAACCAGAAGCAUAUUGAAACACAGUCAAACAAGAAGGCUGGCAAGUUGUCCCAACUUACUCUUCCAAUAGAAGAUUCUCAGGAUUUAUUCUAUGAUGAGUCAACUGAGGACAAUGACGAAGAAAAAGCUCAACAACAAGUAACAGUAACAAACAACUUUUCCUUUACUCUUGAUGAAGAUACCCAGUUUACACAGAUGUUGGAUACCCAGGGGUUUUUAUUUUCUACUUCAAAACAAAAAUCCAAAUCAAAAGACUUGCUUGAGGGUUCAGAGAAGGAUGGCACACAAGGAAUGGAGGAAAUCCUUGGGCUUUGCUCAGGAARAUUUAGUGGACUUGAAUCCAUGCCAAAAAAACAGUCCAAAAAACCCCAUUCCUUUUUUGGUGACAAAAUAGAUGACAAGAAUAAGUCUCCAAACAUGGAUGAGUUGCUAGGCCUGUGUUCUGGUCAGUUUGUCAGUGACAAACCAACGGAUGACACAAGCACAAGGAAGCUGAAACCUCGUUCUCUUCUUGGGACUGCUAUACAAGGAGAAGAGGCUUCAAAGUCAUCACCGAUGGACGAACUGCUAGAUCUAUGCUCGGGCGUCUUUCCCAAUAGUGUGAAAYCAGAUACUCAAAACAAAACCAACUUAAAUACCUCAAGAGAAUUGAAUACUAAGAAUAGAGGAGAGGAAGAAGACGGGAAUGAAGAAUCAAAUUCUAAUGAUAAGGAAGAAGAAGAAGAAGAAGAGGAAGAUGCUGAUGCUGAGGCAGAAAAUGAAGAGAACUCUGAUGACGAACAGAAUGGCGACUCUGAAAAAGAUGAGGAGGAUGAAGGAGAGGAUAGUGAUGUUGAUAUUGAUGAAAUGAGAAAGAAGAAGAAGUAUCAAAAGUCAUAUGGAAAGAUUUUUAAUAAAAAUAAGUUCUAUGAAGAAGAAGCAGAGUUGUCAGGAAGUGAUAUUGGUUCUGAUGAAGAUCUUGACAUCGAUACGGAUGAAGAUGUCCUAGAAGAAGAUUCAGACCAAGAAGAACUGCCCUCUGAUGAAGAAUUACAGAAACAAAUCAAUAAAGUACACAUGAAAUCCAUUCUUGACCAGGACAAAGCAGAGCUUCGAUUGGUACAAGACAUGUACCUUCCUGAUGGUGAUCUUCAUGGAGAGGGAAGGAAAAGGAACUUCAGAUGGCGUGGUAUUGAUUCCAACUCACAAAUGGAUCUCUUUGAUAACAAGCUGUGGAAUGAAGACGAUCAUGGCAACAUUGAGCUGUUGACUGAAGAGGAAUGCAAGAGACGGAAGGAAAGAUAUGAACGAGAUACUUUCCUUCGGGAAGAAAUGAGCAAAAACAAACAAGAUAGUUUUGUAGACAUAGAUGAAAACAGUCAAGUCAUUUUGAACUUCAUCAAGGACACAAGUAAUGCUUCUCCAGCUUUAGUGAAACCUGAUGAGAAUCCAAAGCAAGCAAACCCUAAACCAGUUGUUCCUGCACCCAGACUACAAAGAAUACCUUCUCAGAAAGGUUCAUUCCUGAAUCGCAGUAGAGCAACAUUGUCACGCCUGUCAUCCAUCACUGCCAACRCCCCAAACACUUCAUCAUCUGGUAGGACAUUUGUCUUCAAGGCUGUUGAAUCAGCUGACAAAACAAAGUCUGAAAAUUCAAAGAAGAUGCCAYGUACAGCAUCUCUGAUAGAGCCCUCUGCCAAAAGACCAAAACUUGACAGGAGCUUGAGUGAUACUUCUAAUAGUAUUUUUGCAAUGCUAUGAUUUUUUAUUGUCCACUUUUAGUUGGCAAAAAUUGUUUUACCAUGUUUUUAAUCGUACAUUUUUCAAAAUUCCAAACCAAUAAUGGCAUYAUAUUUGUACUGCUAUUUUCAUAAACAUGAUAUUAACUGAAGUUGCGAAUUGCCUUAUGAAAUUUUAUUUAUACUGCUGCCAGACACAAAUAUAAAAUUAUUAGUUUUGAUUAAAGGCAGCAAAAAACAAAUUUCAGUAUGCAGAUUGCAGCUAAUGAGUUCAGAUGAUUAUCAAAAUAGUAGUAACUCAUUGUAAAGUUUCAACAUGAAAACCAAACUAUUUCUUCCCUCGAUCAACACCCUGUUGUUCCUAUGUUCCAUAACUUAAAAGGGACUGUCUUGUAAAUAAUAUAGUGCACAUGAAAUAAUUAUUAAAAUUUCCAAUCCCAACUAAAA